AUAACAGCAAUUUCUGCUGAUCGGUACUUGUUUUCAUUUUGACGGGCAGUGAUUUUCCGUACCCUAUUUCAAUGGAUAUAUCUUAGUAUUUGCAGAUUCACAUAUAUAACAAUAUACAGACAUGUAAAGUGAUUUUCAUCCAAGCUAAUUAAGUGCAAAAUGUGUCCAUAAUGCGUAGAAGUUCUGCAAAUUUUGGACUGACACUAGAGGCCGCUUGCUGAUGUGAGAAUCAAAGAUGGCUGCCGAAAUGGGGCUUUCCCCAGAAAUCUUAGAAACGGAGGCCUUUCCUCCAGACAAGGUUCUGAAGAAAAGCAAACCUCAUUCUGGCCUGAUGGAGCGUCUUCGAAGUCGCUGCAGUCAACACAAGUCUUGGACGGACAGUGUUAAGGCAAUCCGCAUGGCCAUUGCAAAUGACAAGCGGUUACAGGCUGACGCCCUAGAGAAGUCAUCUAUUCAGAACUGCCUUGAUAAACUGCACAGAGCUAUGAAAAUAACCAAUCAACAGUCACUGAUAGAGCGUCUAGACCUGAUAUCCCGGCAGCUUGGCAUGAUAUUUACUCCGCCGUCACACUCCGAUAACCAAGUGGUGCUGAGUUCAGAAAUGUUCAAGGUUGUCGUCAUGCUUGAAGGUCAAAGUGGCAUCAAAGAUGUCAAGGUCGGCCAUCAAGAAACACCUGUGAGUUGUGAAGACUUGGUGGAAGUGCUGAGCAAAGGUAACUUCGAGGAGUUUGUGAGCCAUUUACAAGGGUUGCUUGCCAUCUAUAGUAUCCAUGGAGACAGGAAACAGAAAAAUAAAGGUUACCUGGCUCUGUCAUCAUUAGAACACGAUCUCAAUCAGCUGGCUCAAUUACAGAGUUCUAUCAACGGAGUGGCAAACUACAUUCACAAGUCACCUUUAGGAAUUUUGUUACCUAGGAGAGGAGGGCAUCCUAUGAAACUGAUAUACUUUGUCUCACCAUAUGACCUGUUGUGUAAGAAGUCAAUAUCAUCUUAUCCGAUGACAGUUGAAGCUAUCACAGAAAAUGGUCUGGGUCACAGUGUGACAGUUAGUUUAGAACCGUGUCCACAUGUUAAUAAAUUACAAACUAUUCCACUGAUGACUGUCAGGCAGAAUCAAGACGGAAAAAGUUUGCCAUCAUUUCAAAAUGUAAAUAAUAUCAACAGUUACAGCCUAUCUGCCAGUUUUGUCCUAGUUUUACCACAGCCCAUACCUGUAGCCAAGUCUGUCAUAGAUGCCAUAAAAGAUAUCACUGGUUUAGAUGUCAUAUCUGGUGAAGAGAAAUCUUUCUUGUCUGUUCUUCUUCUGCACAAUUCUAACGCAAGCAUGUCAAAUGGAAAUGAAUUAUUUGUGACAUUACCAGACCAGCAGCAUGUAUACUAUUUCAACAAUAGUGUAGAUGGUUGUUUAGGACAGCCUGGAGCUCUAGUCAAUAAAAUUCCCUUCACUCUUCCAACAUGUGUUCCUAAAGUGCUUAACCUUCUACGCCAACAACUUAUGUUCAACUCUGUUAUACACAGCCUUAUCAGACCUAACUCAAAGAGAGAGUACAGAUCUGGCGUUGUAUUUGAGCUGACUGCUGUUUCUCUACAGUAUCUCAGUCUUAUGUUUGAACAUCCUCUACAUCACUCCAUGAUCACUGUUGAAUUUGACCUAAGUGACCUCACCAGUGUACAUUGCAAUGUUAACAUGAACAAUAAGGAUGAAAACAUCUGUUCCGAUGAUUUUGUCUCAAAAGCUUUUCAAAGGAGUUUUUCAAUACCAGUGACACUUCGCUCUGUAAUAAAGAAAGUGAAUGAACAGAUCAAACUGCUAGCGCCACCACAGCCAGUUGUAAAACCGCUCAUUAAAUCACGAUGGACAUGGACUAGACCAAGUCCUGUGAAAAAAUCGCCAAUUGUGAAUACGAACACUUCUACCGUGCCAACACAAAACAUGGUGUCUAACUUUCCAAAUCCUCCGCCAUAUCAAAAUGCGGAGGGCUGGACACCGACGCAAACUCCACAGAUCGAAAUGCAUAAAUAUAGUAUACAGUAUAAUCAGACUCCUUUAUCAGAGCCUCCUGUUCCGGCUCACGAGGAGUUCCACGAACAGCGACCUGCAGCAAACCCGCUUCUUGCAACGUUAUUAGACGCGGGCUCGCCGACUGUUGUGGAACAGCCAGCAGUGCCAGUUGUGAAUGAAAGUCCCAUGUUAUCAAAACUGUUAGAAGAAAAUACUUCAGUCGCUUCAAAUCCAUUCCCUGCCCCAAAUCCAAAUCCACGUAAACGAUUAACUAAAAGGAAAUCGUCAAAAGACAUUGCGGGUAAAAGUCCAAAACAGAGAAUAUCUGAUUCUGAAAUGGUAGAACGGACUUGUAAUGAAAGAGUUGGAAGUGAAAGGCAUGGGCAAGGAAUGGGUGAAAAACAUAUUGACUUGGAUUCUAGCGGAGGAUCUUACGAAGAACUUGCACGUCCGUCUAGUGUUAGUAGUGUUGGAAGUGUUGGUGGCCAGUCAACUGGCUCAGUUAUAGAUUUGACUGAUAUAGGUGAAUCACAUGUGAAAAAGCUAGAAAAUAGUUUAGACAGUAUUAUGGGUAAAGAAUCACCACGUAGUGGAGCGAUGAUGGGUAUGGGUCACCCCCUGAAUAGUCAAAUGAGCGGGCUGGAUAUGUUGGACAUGUAUCCGACCGAUUUUCACCAUGGUCAAAACCAAAAUCAGUUUAUGGGGGACGGGAGUGUUGAAUUUCAUCCACCAAAUCAAUGGCCAUCAAGACAAACCCCGCCCACUCCAACAUCCCGAAACUCACCACACCAUGGAGUCGUGCCAAAAAACGAGAAAACCUCUACCUCUCUUGAGGAACUGCUCUUAGGGCCAGGAGGUAGAGAGAUCGAAGGCCCAAACUCAGCUCACACUCGACGCAACUCACAUCAGCGUCGCCCAAACUUUAAACGUCAGAAUUCACUCAGUAGAAACAGCGUUGAUAGUGCUAGUGGCGUAAUAAGCCCGGACGUUUUCUCACCAUUGAUGACCUCCCCGGGUCAUCAUCCUUUGGCGUCGCCGGGUCAGUUUCCAAUAUCGUCACCAAAUUAUAUCGUUUCUCCAGGAAUUUAUCCACAGAUGUCUCCUAGUCAUAUACCACCAGUGACAUCGCCAAGCUUGCAAAACAUUUCUAUAAAAAGUGAGCCAAGUGAUUCAAAAGCAGGGAUUUUAGGAUCUCAAACAUCUAUAAGCACGUCUAGAAUAAGUAAUGUGCAUGUUGGACAUGUUACCUCGUGUGGUAAACCUAGUCUGUCUAUGAUGAAGGCUCAAUUUGACAUAAAAAAUGAUGUGAAGCCAAGUGUAAGUGCAAUAACUCAGGAACGAGAGGGAUUUAAGGAAGAGAACUCGAACAGUUCAACGAAUUCUCAGCCACCGCUAAUGAAAUUGAAAUUGACUAAUAUGAAACAGUAUGAUAACGUUUCACCUGCUGAUAGUGAUACGAGUAAACGCUCGAGUACAUUUGACUUUCACAGCGAUGAUGAGGAUUUUUCUCUUCCAAUGGUUGAAAAAAUGACGGUGGUUUCUGCUUCGCCUACUAGACUCCAGAUCUCAAAUAAAAGCACGCUCGCAAGUUUUAAUAGAUUUAACAAAAGUGAGAAAUUUAAGAGAAAACAAAGGGAGAGUGAGCUGAAAAUAACUUUAUCCGUAGAUUCAGGGAAAAGAAAGCGAGAAAAAAAUGAGGAAAGUAAAAAAGAACGUAAAAAGAAAAAGAUGGCAAAUAGUUCAUACUCGGUUGAAAAUGAAAUGGCUGUUUAUAAGUCAAUAACGGUUGAUAAUGUCAGCAGCCAAAAUGACCAUCUACCAAAAUUGAAAAUAACGAAAAAAGGUCUUAAAAUGUCAGUAGAAAAUUCUGUUUUACGAAGUAAAGAGGAUAAAGCUAUUGUAAAAUCUGAUAAAUUAGACAAAUCUGGCAAAGAACCAGUUGUUAAAAUUGAGAAAAUGGAAAAAUCUUUGACUAGAGAAACUUCUGAGAAAGAGAUUAAAAGUUCUAAAGACAAAAGCUCAAAACAAAAGGAAAAGAAUUCUGAUAAGGAGAAAACAUGUGCUUCUGUGACUAGAACGCCUUCAGCUUCGGAUGAAGGCAUCUUUGACAAAAUCAAUGCUAUGAAGUCAGAAAAUGCAAGUAAAAGUGAUAAUCCAAAUACUGCAGUGGAGAAAAACUCAUCUCAUGACGGUGCAAAUAAAAAGUCAUCAAGUAGUUCGUCUAAAUCUUUAAAAUCUCACAAAUCACAGCGCGGCAGUUCAUCCUCGAAAUCAGACUCAAAAAUGGCACGGACUCCAACAAUCAAAUUGAAACCAAUUGUUGUGCCAGCGAGCAGUUCUGGAUUAACUGUGUCACGGAAUCCGUCAACUCCAAGCACACCCUCCACCCCAAAAUCUAUCACUCAAUCACCUACCUCAGCAACUAUUGGUAAAAUUGGUGCAGUCUCCCUGGCUACGUCAGGAUCCCAAAAACAGCUUACCCCUAAUAGCAGUAAAAGUCCACAGGGCUCUGCGAGUAAGUCUUCAGGACCUUCAUCUAAAUCUUCUUCAGGGUCGUCAUCCACUCCAUCAUCAAAAUCGAGUAGUGGUAUGCAGAAAAACUUCCAAAUUCAAGGACCUAGUGGUAAAAAUUCGCCCAUUCCUCAAAGCAGUAAAUCGGGACAUUCGCGUAGCUCAAGUACUUCAACAUUGAAUUCAGGUUCUAGUGCUUUAAAGUUAGAUAAAUCUAAGUCUAUAUCAUCCUCGUCAAUAAGGACAUCUUCCCCACAUUCUGAAAAGGAAAAAUCCAAGUCAAGUUCGCGAAGUUCGAGCGCAAGUGGACGUGAUCGCGAAAAGUCUACCUCAAGUAGUAAAACAAGCGUUCCCACAACAACCGUAAUUACGCAAGAAACAGCGGCUUCUGUGCUUUCAUUUUUAAAUCCGAACAAAAUCGCUAAAUUGCCACCAAUACCAAAGCUGAGCUCAACCGCAGGGAGCCAGAAAGUAUCAACGCCAACAUCCACAAAUAAUCCAAUCGUGUCUACAAGCACUGCUCCUACAUACAGUUCAACUUCUACAACAAAUUCCAAGUUUUCAAAAGGAAGUAAUCCAGUGACUAGUGUAUCUAAGGGUAAUUCAAGUAGCACUACAACAAGUACUUCCAAAUCAAGCAUAUCUAGUGCAAACCAUGUGAAAAAUAAUUACAUACAUAAUAAAACAUCGAGUGGAAGCUCCAGUUCAAGAACUCAGAAUCAGUUGGUUACAAAUGCGGCUAAUUCAAAUAGAAAUUCGCCACAGAGUUACUCGCAUAAACAUGAUAAAGGAAGCAGUAAUUCAUAUAACAAGGGAAAUAACCAAAGCAGUUCAAGUAAUUCUAGUAGCGGACAUAGGAAUAAUUAUAAUGGUGGAAAUAACCAACAGAAUAGAAAUUCUGGCGUACAUAAUUCAAAUUCUCAUUCUAACUGGUCAAAUAGUUCUGGAAGUGCAAAUUCUCAUUCAAAAAAUAGUUCAAGUAAUUCAAAUCAGAGGGGAAGUAACUCCUCACACAGUGGAAACAAGGGAAGUAAUUCUAACAGUGACAAUGCUAUAUCUAGAACUACAGUGAGUAAUAGCAGUAAUAUAUCAAAUUCUAAGGGAAGUAACUCUGUUCCAAAUGCACCAAAGGGACCUGGACCCCCUGCAUCUCGCCAGCAGUCCACAGAGAAAGGAAACAGUGGAAAUAAUACUGUAAAUUCUGCUGCUGCAGCCAGGGGUCGCAAAGGGUCUCUCUCUGCAGUGAUUGAUAAACUAACGUGCAAGGCUUCAGUUCCAACCAGCAGUUCUUCUUCACAGAAAGUUAAUCAAGUGAUAGUUAACGAAUCCCCUGCUAGUCCCGAAAUGGAUAUGAAAGAGAAUAGUAAAGUUGUGAUAUUUGAGGCCCCGGCAAGCCCCGAGCCAGAGAAUUGUGUUAAUAGUGCUCCAAAACAUCGGAUUAAUAGUGCACGUGAAAUUGUUAGUAUUCCGUUAGAAAAUGAGCCUGAAAAUACUAAUGAUAAUAGCUACGUGAGUAAACAAACUGGAAACAAGUUUAAGAAUAAUAGUGAGCGGAAAAAGGAUAAUUCAUUUUCGAAAGGAAGUGUCACUUUAAACUCAUCCCCAAAAAUCAUUCCAUUAAAUUCUCCCAAAGAAAAACCAAGUGCACAUAGGAACUCGCCAAUAAAUAAGAAAUGUGGUGUUAAACAGGGUGGUGCUGAUCUGGUUAAUAGCAUUGAUAAACAGAAUGGUGAGAUAGACGAGCAUCAUAAUAAACAUACAAAUGUUUCAUCCAAUGAUAUUACCAAUAAUUCCUAUAGCAAUUCUCAAUCAGAUCUCCCUGUCAACGAUGCAAAAGCCAAAGAUAAUGUUUUCAAAACACCAGCUUCAAAACCCCAGGAGAAUUCGGAUAUUAACACCGAAGAUAUUGAAAAUUUGGGCGGACGUCGGAAUUUCCGCCAAAAUUCAAUGUCAAAAACAAUGUCAGACCCCAGCAGUCCUGCAAGUAGCCCAGAAAAUGGGCUAAUCAUAGAUUUCCCAAGUUCACCGCGACAUCUUCAAAAUAAAACCAACUCGCCACAGUGUAACCCUGUUUCAGAUACGUUUAUAGAAAAUCGAACUUCCCCCAACUUUCUCAAGUCACCUGGAAUGAAAUCGAAACUGAAAACGUCACCGCCAUGUUCACCUUCCGGAAAAGAUUCAAGUCUCGGUUCAAGUACCAACUCUCCUGAGGCUCUUGAGGAUGACCUUAUGGAUGAAGCAUUAGGAUUUGGAAAUUAAUAUUAGUUAGAAUAAAUGUUCUAGGGCUAGAAAAAGAAAAAAUAUGUUACGGUCAGACUACACUUGAUUUUAAGCUAAAAGAAUGUUAUUUAAGCUUUUUAAAGGUCGGUUAUUGUAAUAAAAACUGGAUCAGACAUCAAAAAUCAAGGUUUUUUUUUCUUUUUAGAAAAAUAUAAAGUCUUUAUGAAUUUGAAAAGAACCAAUAUUUGUCAUGCAGUCUGGAUAUGAUUACGGUAAAUUGUUCAACUAAAAAAUUAGUAGUAACCGGAAAUAGAUGAUUUCUUCUCUAGCCCGAGAAUUUUUUUCUCUGUUUAAAGUUUUGUUUAUUUAUUUAUAAGAGCUUAAAGUUUAUGCAGAAUGGCUGAGAAAUUUGCUCAUAAAUGUUACAUUGAUUUAUUUAUUUAUUUACAUGCUGCGUUAGAAAAAAGAAAUUAAGUUUUAAAGGGGCAUGCUCCAAGAUUUACCAAUAUCAUUUAUAUGUCCAUUUUUUUCUUUGAAAAUUUACAAAGUGCAUUUAUUUGUCAGUAAUUGUGUAAUAAAAGUGAAAAUAAGAUAAUUCCUCAUGUUCAUUUUCACCAAGUUCAAGGUAGUAUUCUGUGAUUUAUAUAAGUAUAAAAGUAUAUGUUGCUCAGGGCUUGACACAUCCACUAGUCUCCUUGUAAAAUCAAUUGGAAAUCAGCUCAGAGCAAGUGGAACUUGCAAUAGUUCUUAUCCAGCUGAAACGAGUGUGAUUGUUGACCAAAAAUAUAAUAAAUUCACCUAAAAUGGAGCCCUGAGGAAGCAGAUUUCUGAAAGAUCUGAAAAGGAAGUUGAUUUAUUCGUUUCAAGUCUAAAAUCUGUUCUGUUACAUACCACAGUAUGAUUUCAUUACCUAGAUGCUCCAUAGUCCAGUAUAGACCAUUUUCAAGGUACAUUAAGAUAAAUGCUGUCUAUAAGAAUCAUUUUUGCUUUGUGAAAUGCAGGACAAGCAGGGUAGUAAAAAUUCAAGACAACUGAUCCUGCAGGACAAUUUGCUUUUAAGGAAUUUGUAGAGCCCUGUUGCUUCAUCUUUUUAAAAAGAUAAGUUUUUUGGUUUUGGUUGCAUGCCCCUUUAACUUGUAGUUCAGUCAGUUAUUUUACAUAGUAAUCAACAGUAUUUUCAUCAGUCUAUUAUCUUUACUGACUUUGCUUUAAUAAACAUCUUUCACAAAAUUAAGUUUUAUUUGCUGUGAAAAAUAUUCAGUGUUAUAAAAUUUAAGUUAUGACCAGUGUUAAAACUCUAGCAUUUGAUUGGUUAUCUCUGGACAAAAUCUUGAAAUUGACCAAUAGCGUGGCUGCAGUCUCAGACUGGUCGCCAAACUGAAGUUUUAUAACCUUUGAACCAGUUUUGAUAAGCUGUAAACCAGUUUAUAAACAAAAUGAACCUAUGCACCCAGGAAGACUGUCCAAGUGUGUCCAACAAUUUUGCAGAAUAUGGAAAGAUUCUGGUGAAAUAAGAUUUUAUUUGAGCUUCUAGUAUGGCAGAUUUUCAAGAAUUACAAUUGUAUACUUAAAAUAUAUACCGUAAAAAUGGUAAUAAUACAAUUUUUACUAUACCAAGGAAGAUUUUUACCCAAGGUUAAGUAGUUGGGGAGGGUGGGGAGCAAGGCAGUUUUUAAAUGAAUAAAGGCAGUAUUUUUCUUGCACAUUUUGCUGGACUGCUUAUACAUGUACUUACAUUGAAGUCAAACUGUUGCUCUUUGAAUUGAAUAGAAAAAAGUGUUUGGUAAAAAGGGGCUAAGAUGGGGCUAAGACCCUUAAUGCUUUUUUUUAGCUCAUCUGAUUUUUUGAAAAAAAAUGAUGAGUUAUUGUCAUCACUUGAGCGGUUGUCGGCGUCUGCGUCGGCGUUGCCUGGUUAAGUUUUAUGUUUAGGUCAGCUUUUCUCCUAAACUAUCAAAGCUAUUGCUUUGAAACUUGGAAUACUUGUUCACCAUCAUAAGCUGACCCUGUAUAGCAAGAAACAUAACUCCAUCUUGCUUUUUGCAAGAUUUAUGGCCCCUUUUGUACUUAGAAAAUAUCAGAUUUCUUGGUUAAGUUUUAUGUUUAGGUCAACUUUUCUCCCAAACUGUCAAAGCUAUUGCUUUGAAACUUGGAAUACUUGUUCACCAUCAUAAGCUGACCCUGUACAGCAAGAAACAUAACUCCAUCUUGCUUUUUGCAAGAUUUAUUGCCCCUUUUGGACUUAGAAAAUCAGUUUUCUUGGUUAAGUUUUAUGUUUAGGUCAGCUUUUAUCCUAAACUAUCAAAGGUAUUGCUUUAAAACUUGCAACACUUGUUCACCAUCAUAAGUUGACCCUGUACAGCAAGAAACAUAACUCCAUCCUGCUUUUUGCAAGAUUUAUGGCCCCUUUUGGACUUAGAAAAUACCAGAUUUCUUGGUUAAGUUUUAUGUUUAGGUCAACUUUUUUUCAUAAACUAUCAAAGCUAUUGCUUUGAAACUUGCAACACUUGUUCACCAUCAUAAGCUGACCCUGUACAGCAAGCAGCGUAACUCCAUCCUGAUUUUUGCAAUAAUUAUUGCCCCUUUUGGACUUAGAAAAUCAUUUUCUUGGUUGAGUAUUAUGUUUAAGUCAACUUUUCUCAUAAACUAUCAAAGCUAUUGCUUUAAAACUUGCAACAGUUUUUCACCAUCAUAAGUGGACACUGUACAUCAAGAAACAUAACUCUAUCCUGCUUUUUGCAAUAAUGAUGGCCCUUUUUAGACUUAGAAAAUCAUGGGUAGGACAAUAUUUCUAUUACACAAAAAAAAUCAGAUGAGCGUCAGCACCCGCAAGGCGGUGCUCUUGUCUUUAGUUUCAUUAUUAAGCAGUAUUGUGAAGCGAUAAAAUAGGGCUUGAGAUUAACUUUGUUGUCCACUUUUUUUGCAAUUAUUUAUCAAACUUUGGUAAUUUGAUCAACUGUAAGCUUAAUUUUAUCUAAAGGCAAGUGUACCUUUUUUUGGAGUAAACAGUUCAUUUUCUGUUAAAGCUUCAAACAAAAUAUGUGCAUAUUUGUAGUUGUGCUCAGUUUUAAGUAAGAUUUCAUUUUAGUGCUUUCCUUAUUUGUUAUAAGUGCUUUUUCUAUUUACCAAUGAGCAGAAUGUAAGAGUUGUAAGCUACAGGUGAUCAGCCUGUUCCUAUUUUCCAAUAUUUUUAAGAGAUUCUGUUAAAGUUGAGUUUGUUAAAGGUUAUAUUAGUAAAAAAAAUGUCUUAUGUGCUACUGAGGUUAUUAAUAGUAUUGUUUGCCAAGAAUUCAUUUGCAACAUGCUCUGGGUUUGAUUGGAAGCUUUAUAAAACUAGGUUCUCUGCUUGCAUUCCUCCAUAAUUUUGUUGAUUUGACAUUAAAAGCAUUUUCAUGUGGGAAGUUAGUUACUUCAAUAAACCCUCAACUCUGAUAUUGACAUAGUCACCAUAGCGAAAUAGGUAAGGUCACUUGCCCAGGUGCUCUCUAUGGCCUCCAGUCCUGUUCUGGUUGUCAUGUGAGGAAGCCAUCCAGCUAGCUUGUCAAAGGUCAGUGGAUCUACCCAGGUACCUGCUGAUGUCUGUAAUAUGCCUGCAGGCUAGGAGAGACACGGUGAAUUUUUCUCCAAUAAAAACUAUAAUUAUGUUGACAGGACUUACAACAAAUCAAUAUUGGCUGGCCAAUUUUCUCCUUUGCUUAUUUGAUAUGCCUAUGAUGAUUUUCAUGCAAAAAGGUUAAUGUUGGAACGAAUAUUUCUUACUGGUGCAAUAUAUAUGUAUGUUAAACCCUAAUAAACUUACAUCUGAUACUGGACUUUGUAUAACAAUGUCACAAUCUUAAUCAGUUUUGUUGACACAUCCUAUCUUUCUGAGUGAAAAUUACAUAUAGAUUCUAAAAGUGGUAUAUGAAGUCAGUGGAAUUUGGUAAGAGUUGUAUGCCCUUAGAUUGAUUGUCGUUACUAUGGUCAGAAAACAUUUAUGGUUAUUUGCCUUCCAGAAAGACCACCUUUAGUUUAAACAUAUUUAUUCCCAAGAGUACAUAACAUAGAUUUGUACAACUACAACAGCAAAUUAACAUGAUAUUAAGGAAAGAAUAAGAACGAAAGAUUCUUCUUCUCAAAGACCACCUUUAAACAAAGACCACCUGUUAAUGCUCAGAAGUAUAGGUCUUUUUUUUGUGUGUAUAUGGAUUGAUUGUUUAAUACCCUUCUCUACAAGUCAAUAUUCAGUUUAACACUUGAUACCGAGGUUGAGAAAAUUAUUCCUGGUUGGAAGGUUGUAAACAUGAAUUUUGGAGACCAGUCUCAAUUUGAUAUGUAGUUUCUGAUUGGCUAAUUUUGAGCUCAGUCUUGAAAUUGACCAAUGACAAUGCUGCAUUUUGAAACAACACAUUUUAAUAACAUUGAAAAGUCAGGUUUAUUUGGAUUUUGAUGGUUUUGUUUUCUCAUAUUGGAAAUACUAGCUUAUUUUGCAGAGUUACUUGUAAUGAAAUUUUGUUAUAUUCCUUUAUUUUUCCGAUGCAUCUCGCCAUAUUUUUAUAGCAUGUUUUUUUUUUUUUUGAAAGUUUUAUAAAGGAUACCAAGAGCAGUUUUGUUAGGUAUCCUAUUUACACUCUUGCUAUGAAUUUGAUUUUUAGAUAACAGAAAAUUACUUAAUGUGCAGGCAUAUGAAAUACUUUCUUGUAUGCAUUUAUAGCUCACCUCGGCACAAAUGCUAAGGUGAACUAGUGUGGUUGCUCUGAAUCUGUUGUCAACAAUAUUUCUUUUGACACGCUACUGGUCACAGUUUUGGCCUAAUCUUGACGAAAUUCAGCCAGAAUGUUUCCCUUGCUAAUGUCGUGAACAAAUUUAAAACUAGAUCAUCUCGGUCCAGAAAGUAGGUCACUAGGUCAGACUAUCAAAAAAAGCUUUGUUUACAUUCUUGAGGCCACAUUUCAUAAUAACAUGUCAGAUCAUUUGUCUCUGUAAAUUCUAGGCAAAGUUCAAAACUUGGUUACUGGAGAUCAGAAACUAGGUCACAAGGGUUGAAUCAUAGAAAAACCGUGUUAACACACUCUAGAAGCCACAUUUUCUGCUUUAUCUGCAUGAAACUUUAUCACAAUGUUCGUCUCUGAAAUGUAGACCAAGUUUGAAACUAUGUUUUCUAACUUCUAAGAUAAAAAAAAAAAAAUCUAGGCCUUGUAAACACUAGAAAAACUUCAUUUUAUACCAAAUAUUCAUCGAACUUUGUCUUAAUGUUUGUCUCUAUGAAAUAUAGGUUAAUUUCAAAACUGGGUCAGCUGAGGAUAGAAACUAGGUCACUAUGUCAUGUCAUUGAAAAAUCUUGUUUACAUACCAAAGGUUACAUUUUUUGCCUAAUCUUUAUGAGAUUUUGUCAGAAUGUUUAUCUUCAUAAAACCUAGACAAAGUUCAAAACUCUGUCCACUAGAGGUAAAAACUAGGUUGCUGGCUCAAAUCAUCAAAACACUUGUGUGUUGUUUCAACCUGAAUUAUAUAAAAGCAGGGGUUUUUUAACCAGGAGGGGAAGGGGCCCAGGUCUCUGAUUUGGGGAAAAAAAACAACUUGGUAUUUGGGCAAAUGGGAAUAAAAAACCUGAUGUAAAGUCAAAUUUUGGGGAAAACUGCAUGAUUUUAAAGAAAUUUUCUGAGGGGAAGGGGCCUAUAAACGGCCCCUAUUAUAGAGGGGAAAAAAAACCUGAAAAGCAUGGUCAGAAUGUUUGUUGUAAUGAAAACUCGGUCAGAUUGGAUACUAGGUUAGAUGGGGUAAACACUAGGUCAGGUGAGCAAUGAAGGGACAUCAAUGGGGUGCUUGCUGUCUUAUUUAUUUCUCACACAAAUUUUGUGUAUCUGUUUAAUUUUUAGCUCGACUGUUCAAAGAAUAGGUAGAGCUAUUGGACUCAUCCGUGUGAUCGCAUCCUCAUUAGCGUCCCAAUUUGGUUAAGGUUUUAAUGUAAGCUGGUAUCUCAGUAACCAUUUGUGGGAAUGUAUUGAAACUUCACACACUUAUUCACUGUGAUAAACUGACGUACACUGCACAGGUUCCAUACUCUAUUUUGCCUUUUUUACAAAAUUAUGCCCCUUUUUGGGUUAAGUUUUUGCAUUAUUUUGCAUGUAAGCUGGUAUCUCAGUACCCGCUAAUGGGACUGGAUUGAAACUUCACACACUUGUUCACUGUCUUGAGAUGAUAUGCAUGGUACAGGUUCCACAACCCUGUUUUGCAUUUUUAACUCGCCUGAGCACAAAGUGCUCAAAGGUGAGCUUUUGUGAUCACCCUGUGUCCGUCAUCAGUCGUCCUUCCGUCCGUCCGUCGUCAACAAUUUGACUGUUAACACUCUAGAGGUCACAAUUUUGGUCCAAUCUUAAUGAAACUUGGUCAGAAUAUUACCCUCAAUAAAAUCUAGGACGAGUUUGAUAUUGGGUCAUCUGGGUUCAAAAACUAGGUCACCAGGUCAAAUCAAAGGAAAAGCUUGUUAACACUCUAGAGGUCACAUUUUUGGCCCAAUCUUAAUGAAACUUUGUCAGAAUGUUACUCUCAAUAAAAUCUUGGACGAGUUCGAUAUUGGGUCAUCUGAGGUCAAAAACUAGGUCAUCAGGUCAAAUCAAAGGAAAAGCUUGUUAACACUCUAGAGGUCACAAUUUUGGCCCAAUCUUAAUGGAACUUGGUCAGAAUGUUAUCCUUAAUAAAAUCUUGGAUGGGUUCAAUAUUGGGUUAUCUGGGUUCAAAAACUAGGUCACCAGGUCAAAUCAAAGGAAAAGCUUUUUAACACUGUAGAGGCCACAUUUUUGACUUUAUCUUCAUGAAUCUUGGUCAGAAUGUUGAUCUUGAUGAUCUAUAGGUCAAGUUCAAAUCUUGAUCAGGUGGGGUGAAAAACUAGGUCACGGGGUCAAAUCAAAGAAAAAGCUUGUUAACACUCUAGAGGCCACAUUUAUUACCUUAUCUUCAUGAAACAUGGUCAGAAUGUUAAUCUUGAUGAUCUUUAGGUCAAGUUCGAAUCUUGGUCAUGUGGGGUCAAAAACUAGGGCACUGGGUCAAAUCAAAGGAAAAGCGAGUUAACACUUUAGAGAUCACAUUUAUGACCAUAUCUUUAUGAAACUUGGUCAGAAUGUUAAUCUUGAUGAUCUUUAGGGCAAUAGGUCAGGUAAGCGAUACAGGGCCUUCAUGGCCCUCUUGUUACAAAAUUAUGUCCCCCUUUCCGACUUUUAUAUUCAUUCAAUUGACAAGGCUGUUGAAUAGUCGAGUGUUGCUGUCCUCCGACAGCUCUUGUUGAUUUGCCAAUUCUGUGAUGGCAUUUGUUAGAAUGUGCUUGCUUCCUUCCUAGAAUGAAAUAUAAGAUAUGCCAUUCUUAUAGACUCUAGAGGCUCGAAAUCUUUUGUCCUUAGACACAAAGGAAGCUGUUUACCUUAGUUUAACAAAUACAAAGGAAGCUGUUUUACCUUAGUUCAUUAGACACAAAGAAAGCUGUGUAACCUUAGUUUAACAAGUACGAAGGAAGCUGUGUUACCUUAAUUUAUCAGAUAGAAUGGAAGCUGUAUUACCUUGGUCUAUCAAAUAUAGGGGAAACUGUAUUACCCUGAAUUAUCAAAUGCAAAGGAAGCUGUUUUACCUUAGUUUAUCAAAUACAAAGAAAGCUGUACCUUAGUACUGAAACUUUUUGAAAUUUGACAGCUGUUUUAUUCCAUAAACAGUUGAAGAGUAGAUUUGAUAUUAAAAUAAGAGAGAUAGAGAUUCUUAUGUUUAGUACAGGUAAAUGUCUAUUUAGUAAAUCCGCAAUAAGCAUCUGCUAGAAGUCAUACGAUUAAUCGAAUGCAUGACUUACAGCAUUUAAAUGUUCUUAGUUUUGUUUGAUGAAAUUGUGUUAUUUCAGGCUGAGUGUUUUCUGAGCAUGUAUGCUUUUGACACCACCAGCAUUUUGCUGAAAAACGUAUUGAAAAUCAUGCAUGUUCAUGCAUACCCUUUGAAGGAUGAGUUAUGGACCUCAAAUAUUUAUUCAAAAACAAAACUUUCAAGUCAAAUACAGUGAAACUGUGCUAAUAAAUUUUUGCCUGAAAGUCGCUGAUUAGAUAGCUCAAGUUAUUUAUUUUAUUUCUUUUUUUGUUAUACUCAAAAUGGGUGUAUUAUAUAUUAUGAAGAAUUAAUUUAUUUUCCGAAUGUAAUUGUGCAGGGGUAGUUAAGAUUUGUUGAGCAUUGUUAUGGUUCGCUUUGACUUAUCUGUUCUCAAUAUAUAUAUAUAAUCUAUAUCUGUAUAUCUGAUCAAAAAUUACAAAAUUUGACGGGUUUCGAGUUAGAAAAUUGUAUGUUCUUAUAUAAGUGAUGAGACGUUUGUCAAAAAUACGCAGGCAGCUACGGCAAUGAAUCACAAAUAAAUGUUCAAAGAUAUUGUGAAAUGUGGACAAAAAACAUGAUUAUAGAAAUAUUAACCCUUAGCCUGCUGCAGGCGAAUUUAACAGCCUUUGCAAACAGCUUGGAACCAGAUCAGACGCCGAUUAAAUCUGCUAAAAUUGUAAAGUUCAUUCAAUUUGCUCCAAAAUUGGAAGAAAUAUUGUCAGAGUAGCAAACAGCUUGGAACCUGAUCAGACGCCGAUUUAAUCGGCGUCUGAUCAGGUUCCAAGCUGUUUGCUACUCUGACAAUAUUUCUUCCAAUUUUGGAGCAAAUUGAAUGAACUUUACAAUUGUAGCAGACGACAUUUCCAGCAGACGACAUUUUAUCUAGCAUGCUAAAGGUUAAGCACUGUUUAGCAUAAUCGAAGUGUGGUAAUUGUAUUAAAAGAAAAACUUGUAGUAAGAAGUGCAUACAUGAAUUAAGAUUUUAAUUUUGGUACGGCAAUGAGAUACAAUUAACAACAUUUAAAGUAUACUUGGCAGUGUAUUUAUCGUGUUCAUUAUAGAAACUGAAAAUAUGACAAUAAAAAAUUACACUUUAAGGCAUGUGUUAUUAUAGAUCUAUAUGCAUAUAUCUGUUGUUGUUUUUUGAAAAUCAAGGCGCCAUGCAAAUAUUAAGGUAUUUAUGAUGACUGGUUAACAACCAGUCGGCUGCUAAAAAAAAAAAUGCAUCAUACACAUAUGAUAUGCAAAAUUUUAAUGUAGAAACGUUUAAGGAUGUGCAAUUUUCCAACCUUUAAGCUCUUGUCUUACGGGGACUUUUGAAAAAAAAAAUAUUGUUGUCAGACUGGGUAUUCUGAAUGUUCGAAGAUGUUGAAUAAAAGAUUUUGUUUUGUGAAUUUAUGAUAUUAAAUCAGGGAUUGUCUUUUAAGUGUUGAUUAUAAGAUGACAAUGUCACUUGUGUAUGUUUGUUUUUCUCCCCGUAACUUAAGUAUUACUUUGUUGGCAGUAAUCAUGAUAUAGUUGGGCGUCUUGAAUAUUUUACUAUAGUUGGGCGUCUUGGCAUAUUUUACUAUAGUUAGGUGUCUUGCAUAUUUUACUAAAAGUGAGUUGUUACAAUAUCUUGGUACUGUAUUUAUUUUGAUAUGUGUUUGUUUUCGUCUGUCAGUUGUGUAACAUUUUUGCUCCAAGUUAGGCUAUGUAAAAAUAUGGUUAGUUAGGCUUUUUGAGUUGUUAGCAAGUCACGUAAGGCCAGUUUUAUUUAAAAUCUUAUUUAUUUCACUCCUGUUUUGGAACAAGCUCCUAGAACUUGUAUUCAAUGAUCAUCUGAUGGCUUGGUUUUUACCACAGGUUCCAAGAUGGAUUAAAAAGUUGUACGUUGCUUAAUACAUACAUAAUGCACGUUAAUAAAGUAAUCAUGAAUUUUUUCCCAUAUCUUCGCUGCAGUGUAAGCUAAGGACUGGAGACUGUCUUUUUGUAAAUUCAGCUUUUGUAUCAGCAAAUGAGUCAUUUUUACCAGAUGUUGAAUUUUUAUUAUGUUGUAGGUUUACCUUUAAAACGUCUACAAUCAGGUAUGCUUAAAGACUAACUUCCAAUAUACAAGUGUAAGGGCAGUUUCACAUUGUGUAUUCGACUGAAGGCCUGUUUUUACACAGUCUUCAUUAUGGAGCAGAUAUCGCUAAAAACUCCAUGUCAUAUUAUAUAAGUAUGUUGUUGUUUGUUUUUACAUUUUUGAUAUUGUACAUAGAGCUCAAAACAAUAUGAGAGAAUCUUAUAUAAACCCAUAGUCAUUAUCAGAUUUUAUACUGUGAGUAUAAAGAAAUAUAACUGUAAAUCGUGAUCAUCAUGUGAAAAUUUUAUGUGUAAAUAAAAAACAAAUCCUAUGCCUUCAAAACAUGAAAAA